AUGAGCGGAAAAAGUUUUUCUCCAAAAAGUAAACUUAUUAUACACACUGCUUUUCAUCCUAUAAGUAAACCUUCUUGUAAUGUAUGUAACAAAAGUUUUUCAAGAAGAAGUAAUCUGACUAAACACUGUAGAAUUCAUACUGGUGAGAAAUUUUACUCUUGCAGUAUAUGUAAUAAAAGUUUUUCACAAAGUGAUCAUCUGUCUAAACACAUCCGUAUUCAUACUGGUGAGAAACCUCAUUCUUGUUCUAUAUGCAAUAAAAGUUUUUCACUAAAAAGUAAUCUGAAAAAACACAGUCGUUCACACAGUCGUAUUCAUACUGGUGUAACGCCUUAUUCUUGUAGUAUAUGUAAUAAGAGUUUUUCACUAAAAAAGUUUUUCACUAAAAUUUUGUCUGUCAAUCGUGCUCAUACUGGUGAGAAACCUUGUUCUUAUAGUAUAUGUAACAAGAGAUUUUCAUUAAGAGGUAGUUUAACUCAACAUAGUCGUCUUAAUAGUGGUGAGAAACCUUAUUCAUGUAGUAUAUGUAGUAUAAAACCUCAUUCUUUUAAGAAAAAAGAGUUUUUAAAAGCUGACUUUACUGUAUGUGUUUUCACUGGUGAGAUACAUUUUUGUUGUGACAUAAUGGACUGA